UUUCUAUGUCUCAAAGACGUGUUUAAAUACUUUCAGCAUCAGUUACUCUACUCAUCUGAUUCAUCAAAGUCUUGAGACAUGUUAGCAGUAGUAGUUUAGGAUCAAACGUAUCUGAUUCACCAACGAAAUGAUUCAUAUUUUUUAGGGUUUAAUUCACAAAACCUCACUCUACUGUCAUUUUUUUUGACACUGUAUAGAAUUUGUAGUUCAUUUUAAAUGUUGGGGACAGAAAAUGGAAGAAUCCUGACUUUAAUUUGACACCGUGCUUGUGAUUCUUUGCGGCCACAACAAGAUUGGUGUUCUACUGGUCCCACAGAACAUAGCAACUGUGAUUGAAACUCGAUUCUCAUCCGCUUCACACAUACACAUGUUUUUUUGUAUAUACAUAUAAUCGUUUGGCUUUUCGAAACACCGAAAUUGGUGGCCAACAUCAACACUGUUUGUUUUGUUUGUUACUUACACAAACAACAACGACAAUACUGAUCAUCAAGUUAUAUAAAUACACACGUAUAUGUAUGGAUAUGUGGCCAAAAUUAUGCUUUUGGUUUUUGUAUGUCAGAUGGGUGGCUCUGCUUGCUGGUGGGGAUGUGUUGGCUUUACUUUUUUUCUCCGCAAUCGGAAGGUUCAGCUAUGGGUUUUCUGUUUUUGACACUCAAACCCUAGGCAUCGCUGACCCUUUUAUAGCUGGAUGGAUUUUGGGUGCUUAUUUCCUUGGGGGUUAUGGGGAGGAUGGCCGAGGAAUGAAUGGUUUCUCUAAGGCUGUUAUUACUGCUACCAAAUCUUGGUCUUUGGGUAUUCCAGUGGGAAUGACGAUAAGGGCAGCAACAGUAGGCCAUAUUCCGCCACCUAGCUUUAUCCUAGUAACCCUGGGAAGCACUGCUUUUUUACUUAUUGGAUGGAGAGCACUAUUGUUCAGCAUUCUCCCUGAUGAUAAAAGCAAGGUGGAUGGUGACGAGAAGGAUGGCGUUGUCAUGAAGGAUGGCGUCGAGAAGGAUGGUGUCGACAAGCAUGACAAGCCAUUUGAUCUGUUUGAGUCGAUUACAUCUUUUGUUCAAGAACUCCAAAAUCAGUGGAAGGCAUUAGAAAAAAAUAUUCCACGAACAUCACAGUGAAGUAAAGCCUGAGACCACUCUCAGCUCCCAAGCAAGUAUUUUUCGUUUUUAUUUAUAAAGGAUCAGAAUUACUCCCUAGCAAGUAUUUUUCGAUCACAUCUGUUGUUCAACGGGUGGUGAAAUAGUGGUCAUCUGUGUUCCUAAAUGAACCAGUGUUACCUUAUGAAAAAAAUAUAUUUUUAUGUAUGUAUAUGUGGUUUAAAUUAUACUUUUGGGUUUUGUAUGUCAGUCGUGUGAUUGUUUGUUUGUCCAAAUCUUGGUCCGUGGUAUUCUAGUAAAUUCGUCUUAUUCUUUUUUAUUUUUUA